UAGAUAUAAUAUGGCACAAUAUGAUAACUUACUUGUUUUUAUCACAUGACAGUGGAAAAGAUGAUAGUGAUCGUUAGGAAAAUUUGCUAGUGAAGAUUUGGCUCAAGUCUAAGAAUAUGAAGCUACUUGCAGUUUUUAACUCGCUUCCUGACAUACUCUACUUAUGGUUCGAUGAAGGCUAUUUGAAGCACCUAAAGAAAACGCUCAGCAGAGACGAAUUCAUGAAGACCCUUGAUCUGGAUUCUGAAGAUGUACGCUUAGAUGUCAUUGGUCAGUUUUUCUCUCCUUUGAUUGCCUCUCAGAAGUACAUGAUUGAUACAGGUGACCCCUAUUCAUCCAUUAGUGGUGAAGAUGGAAGUAUCAUUGUUAUUCGCCAAUUCGAUAACCAUUUUUACGUUUCUUUGUGCGGAGAUGGCGAAGAGUCUGAAUGGUUUCUGCAGCGAAGGAUUCACUUCUUCCAUUAUCUUGUAAACGCACUUUACGGGCCUUCAACAGACCAGUUGAAGCCUUCAUCAACCCUGCAACGCCAACAUAGAUGGCAACGUUUAAGUAGCUUGUUAAAGACUUGGCACACAUUAUGUCAGCAAGAGCAAAUGUUCCUUGUUGAAGCCCUCGAAAGGCUCAAUGUAAAUGGCCACUUGAACUCAACUUGUUUGCAGCUUCUUGGAGAAGCUUUGUCUAAGGCUAGUAAAGGAAGCAAUGCGGUGCAUUCUUUGCUACUUGUAAACAACAAGCUGCUGGGUCUGUACUCUCAACCAAAUGCUUUUGAUCUGAAGACCUCAGACAUUCUGCUUCUAACAGUAUUUGCUAAAAACCUAUUCAAAUAUACUGACAUUUUAGUACCCUUCUCACUCAAUAAGGCACCUCCACAGUUAUUGCAUACAGAUGCUGAAAAGCUAGAAAGUGAAGUGUUUAAUAGACAUGAUGCGACCACACCAAUAUCUGUGGACAAUCCUGAGACCACUAGGAAUAUUUCAAAGAAGCCUAAUGAAUCCCCUUCAUCAGUGGGAGACUAUGUGUCUGCUAAUUCAACACCGUUGGUUGAGCCUACCUUUUCUUCUCUAGAAAAGUUUCAUACCCCAAAGGGAGGCUCUCCAGUCUCACUUUCUGGCAUAGAUAAUCUUGAGAAAGAUGUAAGUUAUCUGCAAUCUGAAGUUGAUUAUGACAGCUCAAAAGAAUCUCCUAUUCAGAGAAUUGAUUAUUCUCCUAGCAGCAGCGAAGACUCUGCCCCAGCUUCAGAAGAUUCUAGUUCAAAAGAAGGCCAAACCAAUUCAACCAAAAUGGAAGAUCCUGGGAAGCACCAACAGAUUUCAUUGUUCCUUAAAGAUUCUGAUUGUCCUUAUAUACCUCAUGUCAUAGAUAUGAUAAAACUUGAUUCAGCUACAGUGCUGAUUAUUGUCUCUGUCAGUAAGAAUGCUAAGCAUGUAUUGCUUAUUUAUCAAAUUCUAAGGUCUUUAAAGGUAAUUCUAGAAAAGGAAAAGCUUCUGUCACUGACUGAUUCAAAUUUUAUGUCAAAGCUGUAUGAAAAGCUUGAUAGCAAUAUCAAAACAUUGACUUAUAAUAUCUCAAAUCAGGUAGAUCUUCAAUAUGAGGUACUUGAUAGAAAUAUUGCCGUGCUAAAGCAACGAUGGGAAAGUGCAAAACAGAAUGAGCUCAAAGCAUUCUUAGAAUCCUCUGAGGAUCAAGAAAUGCCUGCGAAGCUGUAUUCGUCAAUAAUUGAAGUUGUCAAAGGAAUCAAGUCAGUUUUUUCAUUUAUUUUUAUUUUAUCAAAACCCAUGAAGCAAGCACGUUUUGAGCGGCAAAUGAAAAUAUUAUCACAGAUAAAUGAAAUGGCUGUCAACAGGUUGUCAGAUUAUAGCAGCUUUUUACAAGUUCGUGGCCAAAGAAAUGUGACAAUGACUGCAUAUCAUAAUGAUUUUCCUGGACUGGUUCAUUAUAUUUACAUCAACAGAACAUCAAACCAGCUCAUAUCACCCUCAAUUAAUCAGCAAACAUCAAUGAAAUCAAGCAUGCAGCACAGAAUAAAGCAGAAUGUUUGGCAAAUGUGGCAGUAUGCUGAAAGUCAUGUUUCUCAAGGCUACUCUUCUUUCAUCUUGAAAGACGGUGAGUUCAAGUACUCAUAUUUUAUUUGGUUUGAAGAUGCCAUGGGCAAGCCUAUGCCAGUUUUGGAAAUUCCAAAAAGAAGCUUUGCUACCAUUCUAACUGGAGCCACAAGUGGUGAUUUCUACAAGGACCUUAUAAGGCACUGCUUUCCUGGUAUUUCACCUGAUUCUAUGCAUUGCUACGAACUGUUCUGUGUUCAUGUUGGUAUGGCAAGUAAUAGAUUUGUGGCAGCAUCAUGCAAGAAACUGGCAAGUCAGUUAUGGGAAGCAUCUGGAGAGGCAAGCUCACCAAUAGGUUUGCUUUAAAGCAAUUGAUGUGAUAUUUGAUGAUUACAAUUUAGCUGUUCUUUGCUGAUAGUCUGUUAAAGUAUCAACAUAUUAAAUUAUGAAGUAUUCAUUCAUUCCUAUUGAGUUGCGAAAUGGGUUAUCUGGGUAUUCAGCUAUUCAGUAGAUUUCCUGGAAUGCAGGUUAUACAGGGAGCUUAUAAAUGUAGCAAAUGUAUGCUUUUGUGCAACUACACAGUUUUUGUUUUCCAUAAAGCUAACUAUUUCAUCAUUUAAGGAGGGUGGAGGAGUAGUGAUCACACCAUCUUGCAGAUCAAUGUGGCAAGCAAGCUAGGUUAAAAACAAUAAUUUUUUUCAUUACUAAAAUUUCAAAAAGGCCUUCUUAGAAGACAUUUUGUCACAUAGUAAACCUUGUAUGGACAUAUGUAUGUGUAUAUUUUUGAUGGCUCAUUUCCAGCAAGGAUAUUCUGGUCUUAUUCCACUGUAAAUUUGUCAAAUUCAUUUGCUUCCUUUUUUGGAUAAAGAUCAAAAAAGGAAGAAGUUUUGAAAUAUAUAUUACCUCGUUAGGUAGAAACCUCAGUACUUAACACUGCCAACAAAUGCAAAGUAUGAUAUGGUACCACUUUGUUAAAUUUCAUUUUUUUAGGGGCCUAGUGUGGGCUUGCACGAUUACUGUUGCUUCAUUGAGAUGAAAUUGCCUAAAUGGCUCUAAACUGGAUAAAUUUUGCCAGAUUGAGGCUACAGUCUCUAUGUUUUCUAUGCCUAUGACUUUACUGCACACCUUAUUCUUUGUUAUUCAUAAAGAAAAUACUCAUUUGCGUCAUUGUAAAUGCUUAAGAAAUCAGAAAUUUUGUUAAUGCUUAGAAUUUCAGAUAGAAUUCCAUACUUAUAUUUUAGUGAUCAGGAAUUUUAGAUUUUUCCAUUUGAUGUUACCUUUUGCAACCAGAUUCUGAUGAUGGUAUCACUCAUUUUAGUAAUUUUGAAUUCACAUCUGACAGUUACUGUUUUAGACGUAAAGUGUUGACUAUUUUAGGGUUGUUUUCAUAGUUGUAGAAAUCGCUAAGUGGGGCAUGUACCUCUUAGACAUUCACUGCCUUCGUUUCACAAGUUCCGAUGCCAUGUACUAAAAUAUGUAAAGUAGCCACGGAUCUAGUCAUUUUCCUAUGGCAAACAUUUUAAGACAGUUUGCCUAGUUACACUCUUUUUUUAUAAAAACCAGUAAAUUUAAGUACAGGCUGACUGUUCUUAAUUUUUUCGAAAACCUGAGGCUGGAUUGUUCUUAAUUUUUUAUCCUAAUCUAAUAGGGUGUAAGCAGUGCGAGUGCUAGCUUUUUCGCUCUAGGGAGGUGUUCAGGCCUCAUUUGCCAACAAAGUGAGUGAGACAACCUUCAUUUGCCGACAAAUUUGAAUAUUCGACGAAAAA